UCCAAAUUCUCCUCUAAUAAAACAUUAUUACUUGCAAAACUUAACAAGUAAAACCAAAAAAAAAAAGUCAUGGAUGGUGAAAACCUUAGGAUCAAACAAGAAAGAAUCAAAGAAGAAAGUCCCGAACGCCCUUCUUCCAAAACCAACAACAACAACAACAACGAUAACAACAACAACAACAACAACAACAACAACAACAACACGAGUAAUAAAGAGCAAGAUCGAUUCCUCCCAAUAGCAAAUGUAGGGAGAAUCAUGAAAAAGACGCUUCCAUCAAACGGGAAAAUUUCAAAGGACGCAAAAGAGACCGUACAAGAAUGUGUUUCCGAGUUUAUAAGCUUUGUUACCGGAGAAGCAUCCGAUAAAUGCCAAAGAGAAAAGAGGAAAACAAUCAAUGGUGAUGAUAUAAUUUGGGCAAUUACUACUCUUGGUUUCGAGGAUUACGUUAAUCCUUUGAAGUUUUACCUUAAUAGGUAUAGGGAUACUGAAGGGGAGAAAGUUAAUCUUCCUAAACACCAACAACACCAACAACAACAACAACAACGAACAACAACAACAACAACAACGGAUCAUCAACAACAACUACACCAACACAGGCUACUACAACAACAACACCAACAACAACACGAACAUUUUCAACAACAAGUUGUUGAUCAAGGGUUGUCACCUUUUGGUAGUACUACUAAUAGUAGUAUAUAUUCUUCUACCAACACAUUGUUGCUUCCUCAUCAACCGCCUUUUCCCGGGCCGGAGCAACCGUUUUCUUUGCCGUUUUCACCGAGUUCUAUUCAGAAGAAUUACCAACACCAAGAUCAAAUUGACUCUGUUGGCCAUUGGUGAAGAGGGGAAGCAAUUUUCUCUUUAAACUUUUUUAUUUUUUUUCUUUCUAAAUUUUUUGGUAUUCUUUUGUUUUUUAUUAUUUGUUCAUUUUUUGGUUACUAUGGAAUAAUAAUGUCAUACACAUAGCAAUAUAGCAUAACAUAUAUAUGGGAGGGGGAAAAACAUAUACUUAUUUCAAAGAUGUAAACAAAUUCAAUUUUUUUAAUUUUUUUUGGAGGGGAAAAACAAAUUCAAACUUAAUUAAUUAGCUCUUUAUUGUCAUUUUGAUGAUAUGAGCUAUACAUAUUUUUUGAAUAGAUUUUUUUUAGUAGAAUGAGCUAUAUACUUAGUAUAUAUUUUUAAACACACAUAGAAGUGAUUCCAUUUAAUUAUAUAAUACAAUUUAUAUAGAUAGGUAAGUAUAUUUAAAAUUUUGUUUCUUUAUGAUUGAACUUAUUUAACUUGAAAUAGAUAUAUGUCAAAUAUUAUAUUUUUGUUAAAGUU